UCCCAGCAUGCUUUAGUUAUGCCAGCCUAUCUUUCAACAUGGCGCUGCGAUUAAUUUCUCUGCAAUGUGGAUUACAAGUCCAGAAGAGAAAACUGGCUUUCUUGUUACAGCGGGUCAGCUCAUAUCAUGUUUUAAAGCAAGACAUUGAACAGAAACGCACGCAGCACUGCCGAAGACAAACAAAAUUUCAGGAUGUACAUUCGUGGCAUAAAACGGAAAAAAGGUUUUGCUGGCAUGGACAUGCAGGUGGAGGUCUAAAUGCUGAUCCAAAAAAUGUGCUAAAAGAAGUAAACACUGGAAAGAUUCUGUCAGCAAUGUUUUCCUAUGUAUGGCCAAAGGACAGACCUGAUCUGCGUGCCAGAGUUGUAGCAUCUUUGGGGUUACUUGCAAGUGCUAAGGUAGGCAAAAAAAAAAUGAAAUCUAUGAAAAUCUUCUCCAAUAUUGGCAGUAUAAGUAAAAAUGGAGGAGAUACCUAUGUAUUUGCCCAGAGCAAAUGGCAGUGGCCUGUAGGAUUAAUGAAAAGCACAAUUGUAAGGUUGCUUUUUCGGUUUUAUGAACCCCAGAAUGGAAAUAUCUACAUAGCUGGUCAGAAUAUAAAAGAUGUCAGUCUGGAAAGCCUAAGAAAAAUAAUUGGAGUUGUUCCACAGGAUUCUGUUCUGUUCCACAACACAAUCUUUUACAACCUUCAAUAUGGAAACAUUCAUGCCUCCCCAGAAGAAGUGUAUCAAGUGGCAAAAUUAGCAGGAAUUCAUGAUGCCAUUUUAAGAAUGCCUCAUGGAUAUAAUACACAAGUGGGAGAGAGAGGUCUGAAGUUAUCAGGAGGAGAAAAACAGAGAGUUGCUAUAGCCAGAGCUAUUUUGAAAAAUCCACCAAUACUUCUGUAUGAUGAGGCCACAUCUUCUCUCGAUUCCAUCACAGAAGAGAAUAUUCUUACUGCAAUGAAAGAGAUGGUUAAAGAUCGUACAUCUAUUUUCAUCGCUCACAGACUCUCAACCAUUGUAGAUGCUGAUGAAAUUAUUGUUUUGGAUCAGGGCAAAGUUGCAGAGCGAGGCACUCACUGGUCUCUAUUGAGUAAUCCCAAUAGUCUGUACACUGAACUGUGGAACACACAGAACAGCAAGAUACUUAAAAACAACAAUCAGCCAAAUGAGAACUUCGAGCGAAUGUCAGUAAAGGAAGAAGAACGAAAAAAGUUGCAAGAAGAAAUUUUGAACAGUGUAAAAGGCUGUGGAAACUGCUCUUGUUAAGCACUGGCAUGAGAAAAUUGGGACUCACAAAAUUAAGAAAAAUAUUUGUUAGUUAAGUUCCAGUGUUUCCAGCUCCUUUGAAAAUCUGUAAGAAAGUACUCGUAUCAUGAAAGAUGUGAUGAUCAUUGUAUAAUUAUUUUGUCAAACAGCCCAUUUUUCAGAUGUGUAUUUUGUUAAGUAACAAAAUUAUUUGGGUGUAUUUUAUUAUAUUGGUAUAGAAUCUAUACAAUAACAUUUUUACAUAAUGAAAUGAUACAUUGUUGAAUAUUCUUACCAAAAAUUAUGAAAUUAUAUUCAGUAAAUUAAGCAGCUUUUCUUUAUUCAUUAUUUUACAGUUGACUAAAAUACAAAGACAAGUUGUUUUGUUAGCCAAUGUUAAUUUAAAUGUGUAGCAGUGCAAAAUCAGUAACAGAAAACAGAGGAAUCUUCCAUUUUUAUAAAGGCAAAGUUUGUAAGGUUUGUCUUAUGAUUGGUUAUCUUUUGAAGGUGAGAAAUGUUUAGUCAUUUGAGAGUAAGCAUCAAAAUAUCUUCUUAAUGCUUACUGCAGUUACCCUGAUGAGGGUCUCUGUGGUGACAUAAUGAACUUCACAAACCAGGCAACUCUGUCCUCAGUAACUUUGUCCAUCUCCUAUUUUGGCAUUCCUUGAUAUUCCCUGAUGAGUUGAGAGAUAGACUCUGUCCAACAUGACAAGGUUCUGCGUGUGGGUAUAACUCUCAAUGGACCAAGCAUCUUAAUUAUCUGCUCAAACUUCCCCAACUGAUUUCUGUCUUUCUGAAAAGGCAGUUCUGUGUGUAGGGACUCCUUAUUUGAUGAUCUCUUCAACCUGUCAUAUACUGUAGAACAAGCCUAGCAACCAAAAAGAUACCUCAUUUUAGCCACUGUUCUGGCAAUCUUGUUCUUUUGGUCAAGACCCCGAUCUUGCGACUCUCACAAGAUGAGGUUAAUGAUGAAGACACAGACUGGUAACUUGAAAGUUUUGUCCAAAGUUAUAUCUCCCUUUUCAACGUUAUAUUUUAGUACAGAAUCAACAAAGCUGCCACUGCACCAAUUUUUUGGUCAGUCAUUUGAUCAUGUGUGCCUCCACUUUAAAACAAUAACUUUGGUUACUUGAACUGCUCCAAAUGGGGUAGCUACUCAAUGCUUUGUCUUAAAAGGAAUGGACACUCUUUUCUAUGAGAGGGUAGUGACGACAGAUAUUAAGGUGCUAAUUCUCAUCACACGUAACUGCUAACUGUUUUCACUGUACUCUCAAUAUCGGUUUCAUGAAACCAAAGGGAAGCAUCUGCAAAUAGCAGACAUACAGCCUUUAGUGUCCCAAACUUGACAAUCUGCUAUCCUUGUCUGUGUAUCGAUGACCUGUUUGUGAAAAGAUGAGCAGAAAUGGAAAUAAGACAUUAAUUUGGGGAAGUCCAGUGCCAAUACUGAAUGGACUUUGCUUAACUCAAAGUAUGCAAACGUAACUUUCUCUUUAUAAAUACAAGGACUAAAUGGCACACAACUGUGAUACCACGACUACAUACUUGCAAACUAUGCUCUACAAGAUACUAAGGUGUAUAUGUCAUUAUAUCCUCAACGUGCAUGAAGAAAAGAUUGUUGUAUUGCCAGGUCUCCUCAAGUACAUGUGUAAGGAUAAAGAAUUAGUACAGUUUUACUUAGUUGGUAUGAAAUAUGUUUUGCUUCUCCUGGAUCUGAGAUUCAUCCAAAAAUUAAGUCUCUUUCCAGUCUCCAAUCAAGUGUAGAGUUUCCAGGAGUGGCAGAGUAUAAAUACUCGAUAUAUGACACACCUCUUGUUCCUGGCCUCUUCUAAGAUGUAGGAGAAGCUGCUCUGGAAGUGAAAAAUGAAUUCAUUAUAAACAGUGACAUCAACUCCUUAUUACCAGCACACUCUCACUACCUGUUAUGGUCUUUCAUGCCUGUCCAACAAGUGCUACAUCUCUUUUUACGUAAGUGUCCUGAACAUUCAGCAUCAGAUCUAAGGAUACAUUGUCCAAGUUGAUCAUUAAUCUUUGUGCCAGCUACUCUGGUAACAGAAACCUUGUGAGAAUUUCGUGUAUUUGAACACGGUGAUUCUUGUGGACAAUCCCAGCAUGACUAUAAAGUCAACAGAGAGUACCAUUCCAGCACUGAAUUAAAUAUCUGUAAAAAGGCAGAAUCCUCUGGGCAGUUAUUUGAUACAUUCAAAAUUUUGUUCUCUAACUGAAUACAUUGAAACAACCAUCUUGUCAACUGGAACAAACUUUAUGCACCCAGUCACCCACACACUCUGCAAAUCCCUGCACCCAUUGUUGGUGAAUACCAGAGUAGAAAAGUAAUUUCCCUCAUUUGAAAUGUCUGAUUCCAGAGACAAUUGUGCAAGUCCAGCUACAAAUUUUUUAAUCAUCUGAAUGACUUUGGAUUUCUGCCCUACCAGAGAUGAUGUUUCAUAUCUUAAGAGCCAGUUUCCAUUACUAAGGUCUACUGUGUCAGGAUCAGUCCCAUUCUUCCUGCCUCCCACUCUUCCAUGCCAUGCAAUUGACAUUUCAAAAGAAGUUCAUCAUUAACCUGAUGAGUUGUAUGUCCAUAUAGUGAAUCCAUGCUGCAUUUUGGACUGAGGUUGACUGUAAACAGCAUUCCCAGGCCUGACUUUGGAUAUGUUUGAUUUAAUUGGAAUUGUCAUGAGGAUCCUUUAUUGGUUGUUCUUUAUCUGGCCCUUUCCAUUGGAGAAAUUUUAAAAAGCAGACAUCUUUAGGCAGUGUAGAACACAUGUCCCCCAACAACACCAAGGUCACAAUCCUAGGAAGAGAUUAGCUUAAUGGUUUGGUGUUGGGGUACAUUUUAGGUAUAAGUGGAAUUUUUCUAUUGUGACGUUCCUCUGGUUUAAAACAAAGAGAUGAUGCUCUGAUGGUGUGAGACACACAAAAAUAAUUACAACUGGGAAUAUUAAAUGCAGUCUCUAGAGCAAAACAAAUAAUGCACAUAAAUAUCUACUUCACACAAGCAGUAUUUAAAAUAUGUUUUAACUUUUUAUGAAUAUUGGUUUUCUCUUACACGGAAUUCAAAUGAAAUUUUGUCACAUACAAAUUAUAAAUACAGUGCAAUAUAUGGUAAAAUGCUUAAUUGCUCAACUCAUAUGAUGGUGCCUUGAGACAAAUAUAAAGGGACAAUAGCAAUAUAUAACUAUAAAUUCAAAAGUCAUUAAUAAAAUUAUAUAUAUUUAGUAAUACUAAGUAAUACUAAUAAGUAAAUUGAUGACUUUAACAAUAUGAGCGAGUCAACAAUAGGGCAUUGUGUUUUUCUAGACCCGCUCCUUAUUAGACUUGCAGGUGGACUGUGGGGGGGAAAAAAGCUCCUUCUCCGUCUCUCUGAACUGGGCUUUAGGCAGCAGUAGCACUUACCUGACUGCAGCGAAGAAAAGACCCCGUGGCUGGGUGGCUGGUGUUACGGAUCAUUUUCUUUGCUCUGGUUUGACAUCAAUUGGUGUAGACGUCCCGGAGGUUGGUGAGUGCACAUUUUAUUAUUUGGUAAAUUGUCUGUAUGUAAAAAAAAAAAGUGCCUCGCUAUUGCUCUGAAUAUAUUAAAAGUUCAAAACUCCUUUAAUCACAUUAAAAUACCAUUACGUCCAGUUCUGACAGACCUUAAAGUCCUACUGUCUACUACACUACUUGGUAAUCGAUUUCAUGUGUCUUUGGUUGUGUGCAUGAAGAAAAACAUCCUAAUGUUUAUAUAACCAGAAAAAUUAAUAAAACAUUAUUUUGGCA